AUGCGCAACCUCUUCGGCCGCCGCCCAUCGACCAGCAAAGUCGCCUUUGUUGCCGGCGCUAACGGCAUCAGUGGCAGCGCGAUUGUCGAGCACCUGGUCAAGCAGUCGUACAGGGAAUGGGCGGAGAUUAUCAUCACGUCGAGAAGCCCGAUCAAGACUACCUACACCGACCCGAGGGUGCGGUUUGUGGCCAUCGACUUCCUCGAACCAGCCGAGGCUAUUGUCGAAAAGAUCAAGGAGCUGUGCAAGGGUGUAACUCAUGCCUUCUUCACCUCGUACAUCCACAACAAUGAUUUCUCAAAGCUGCACGAAAAGAACGGCCCUCUGUUCCGCAACUUUCUUGAAGCAGUAGAUCUUGCUUGUCCCAAACUGCAGCACGUGGUGUUACAGACCGGAGGAAAGCACUACGGAUUCCAAUACAGGGACAUCAAAACCCCCCUUGUGGAGGACAUGGCUCGCUACGAAGGACCCGAGAACAUCUUCUACUACGAGCAGGAAGAUGACCUCUUCCCCGUCCAGAAGCGCCGCGGCACAUGGAGCUACAACAUUAUUCGCCCCAUGGCCAUUAUCGGCUACAGCUGCCAAUACCUCGGCAUCAACGAAACUCUCCCGAUAGCCCAGUACUUCCUCAUCCACCGAGAGCUCGGUGUGGCCCCCCGCUGGCCCGGCAACUUGGACAGCUACCACCGCGUCGAGAAUCAGUCGUUCGCCCCGGGCAUUGCGGACCUCACUAUCUGGGCUGCCACCCAGUCCCACUGCAAGAACGAGGCCUUUAACCACGUCAACGGGGACGUGAUCGUGUGGAAGUUCCUGUGGCACCUGCUGGCCCAGUACUUCCAGGUUCCGAUGAACAAGUUCGAGGCACCCACGGAGGCAACGCAGCCGAUCGACGUGGCCGAGUGGGCCAAGGACAAGAAGCCCGUCUGGGAGCGCAUUGUGGCCAAGUACGGUGGUGACGCCGAGGCCUUCCAGUUGGACGCCUUCGAGCUGAUGAACUGGUACAUCUCGCCCUCGUUGCAGAAGGCCCCCUUUAUCAGCACGGUUACCAAGGCGCGUCAGUUUGGCUGGGACCGCAGCGACGAUACAUACCAAGCUUGGUUGGAUACCAUGCGCGCAUAUGAGAAUGCUGGUGUACUGCCAAUUAUUUCUUGA